AUGAAAAGGACCAAUAGUUUGGAAAAAGUAAAUGAUUUGGAAAUAGUGUCAAAUGCAAGAAACGGUGUAUUCAAACAGAAUUCCCCGGAUAAUACGUUAUUCCUCCUGCCUCCAAGAAGACGUUUCAAGAGUACAUUUGCGAACAUUUUUGAGCAUUACAGCAUAUCUGUGAAGCCUCGACUGCACAGGAGCAGUUCUCUGUCGGACCUUGCCACCAACGCCAGCGACUUCAAUCUAGAUUUCAUCCAACAUACCAGCAGGGUACUGAUAGCAAAACAAAGUAAGACCUCAAUAUAUAACAGUAUAGCGAGCUCCGGAGACGGGUCCAGACAUUACUACAAGGAGUUGGAAGAAACCUUACGGGUUUACAAGGGGAAAAAGACGAAAGGGAUGACUCCAGAGUCAUACGCCAAGUUCGCGAGCGAGUACGCUCACAACUACAACAGAGAGAGGGAAAGAGAAACAGAGUUCACCGACGCCAAUGGUACCAGUAGCAUAGAUAACUCUAGCGUAAGCACGGACCCCACUCCCAGCGGGCAAAGAGGAGCCGCAUUUCCCUUCAAGCCUACGCCCAGUGGAAACCUCAAAGUACAAUCUAAUCAAGUGGUGUUUCAAUCGUCUACUGUAGGCGUUCUUUUAGCGGAUCCUACUCAAGCAAAGGUCAAAGUAAAGUUUGAAGGUAAAGCGCAGGGAGAAGGCGAAGAAGAACUGCUUACUAACUAUGACUUAGCACCACAACUACAAUAUGGACCACGAGAUACAAAUGCAAACCAGGCAUCAAAGAACGACCGAGCGGCGAAGACUAAAAUCCCAGGAAUGAGAGAAGACAAGGGGAAGGACUUGGGUAGCCUGGGCUACAUCAGCACAGAACCUAUAGACUGGUUGCGCGUACAGUUGCCGAAGAAACAGGACCUCUUCCAAGAGUUUUAUCGAAGAAUACAUAACUACAUAAACACCGAUACAGUGGUACAUAUUGGCGACGAGGAGUUCCAUUGCCAUCGUAUUAUUCUGCAGAUUUAUUCCACCUUCUUCGACGUCAACCCUCAUAGAGAAAUUGAGCUGCCCGUGAAUAAUGUUACUCCGGAGGCUUUCCACACGAUUUACGACUGGAUGAUAUUCAGCGGUCCUGAAAGCAACAAACUGUUAAAGAGGGACAACGUUUUAGAACUGUUCUGUGCUGCGCAGUAUCUUUCAAUAAAAGACCUAGAAGAGCAAUGCUGGUCAUUCAUUGUGAACGAGAACCUCUUCACCGAAGACACCGCGUUUGCUCUGUACCGACAAGCACGAGCGAAGGGUAUGACUCCAGUUAUGGAUUUAAUGAUUCCUCGAGUAAUGCGUUUUUUCCUGCCACUCGUGGCCUCAAGAGACUUCCUUGAACUGGAAGCAGAAGAAGUCCUAACCCUGCUCAAGUCAAACUAUAUUUGCGUCACAAGUGAAAUAGAAGUCCUAAUGGCGGGAGUGCGCUGGUUGUACGGCGACUGGUCAUCACGUCGUCGGUUCGCCGUGGACGUGAUGCGAUGCGUACGAUUCGGUCUUAUCUCGCCCUGGCAGCUGGUGGACAUCAAGCGGAACCCAGACAACGCCGAGAUACUCGAGCUGGUCAACGAGGCUGAAGUGCAGCAGAUGGUCGAUGAUGGACUUGCGUAUGUUAUAAUAAAAUACUGGUACGGCAACAACUCCAAGAACUACUACCACUGGCUGGACGUCCUCGGGCUGUCGGAGCCUGCUGAGAGGAACUGGAUCGGGGAGGAAACGAAUCACGUGACGUACAAAGACUUCCUCAAGUACUUGGAGCAGUUCAUGGUGCCGAAGGAGCAGAUGUUCCAGCAGAUGGCCAUCAUGCAGCCGCCGAGGAGGAACGACGACGUACCCGGCGCCAUGCGUGGUAUGGAUGCGGACAAGAAUAUGGGACGGCCGAAGAUCGAUUUCCCUCUACCGGCCACGCUGAAGGGUCUCACCGGGGACAAGGACAAGUCCUUCCCCACUAUGAGCGAGUUCUUCGAGCACCGAAGAAAGGUUCCGAUGGACGUGUUUCAGGCGAAGGACUCCGCCCAGAUGAACAUGUCUGCGCGGACAGCUGCGCAGGACAUCGAAGCGUCGUCACACAUGCAGCAGGCUAUGCAUGAUCGCCGCCGAUCUGACGAAGCCAGGCUUAAACAAGAGGAGGUGCGGCGCUUCCAGGUGGAGCAGGCCAAGCUGCAGCUGCAGAAUAUGCAGCAGCAGCGGCGCAAAGACAUCCAGCACAUACAUAUGUGCACCAUCCAGCCACAUUGUAAGAAUCUAGAACAGCCUGGGCAAAUGUAUGAGCCACCGGAGAAAGAUUCGAGCGAUGAUCUGAACACUAGCACCAGUGGGACCAGCAGCGCCACCCUUGAUACCAGCACCGAUAUAAAUCAGUUCACAGCAAAACAAGGAGAGAAGAGGCAUAGCGUAGCAGCAUCAUACCUUGCAGCCGCUACAGCAGCAUUGUCCGGACCCAGGAGGGGAUCGCAAGUGCCGUCUCCGUUUCCGCGCCCGCAGGCAGCCGCCGUGGCCACGCGCUCGGAGCCGGCGCGGCAGUCCCAUGUGCACCAGCAGGACAGUCCGCAGAUCUCACUCUUCAACCAGUCCAAAGAAUCUCUCGCUAGAAUAAACAUGAACAAGUUGUCCACGUCGAUCCUCGGACCUUCAAACAAGAACUACAUCACUGAAGGCUCUCUCUUCAACUGGGACAGAGAAACUGUGCUGGUGUUUGGAGGGAUAGACCCUCACAACCAGUACGGUACUGGCAAAAAUAACGGGAAAGAUAUUUUUAGGUUUGAUCCAGUUACAAAUGUAUGGGACUUCGUCGGAGAUCUUCCUGAGCCCAGGCAUCACCAUUCUGUAGCAUUCCUCAGAGGCAGAGUGUAUCUUGUUGGAGGAGCAGACCCUCGCGAUGACGAUAUUCGCGGCAAGUCGGUGGUGGUUUCAACGGUAUGGAGCUACGAGCCUGUAACCAGGUCCUGGUACAGUGAGAACGGGCUCUCUGUCCCCAGAAAGAACUUCGGGCUGGUCGUCCACCGCAUGGCUCUGUAUGCCAUCGGUGGGCAGGAUAAGAAGGGCAGAGUAUUGCGGUCGGUGGAGAAGUUCGACCCGAAGACGGGCUCCUGGACGGAGAUGCGGUCGAUGGGCGUGGCUCGGAUGGCGGUUGCGGCCGUCAAGUACCGCGACUACAUCUGGGUGGCUGGAGGCAUGACCGGGGAGAAGAAGAAGCCGGUCUGCAAGAUCGUCGAGUGCUACAACUCUAGGACUAACGAGUGGACGGAGAUUCACUGCCUGCGUUUCCCCAGAUGUUUCUCCACUAUGUUCGCCAUGAACGACAAGCUCUACAUUGUUGGUGGAGCUGGGAAAGUUUGUGACAAGGACAAGACAGCCAGCAGCGUGGGCGCCAUCGACGUGUGGGACUGGAAGGACCGCGAGUGGAAGGCGGAGACCGAGAUGUCCAUCCCGCGCCAUGGACACGCGCUCGCUUACCUCGGCACACAGCUCAUCAUCAUCGGUGGAGUAACGACAAUCUACAUGCGAGCCCUGAGCAACGUAGAGUCCUUCUGCUGUGAGAGACGAGCCUGGAUAAGAGGAGUUACGCCUCUGCCGUCACCCCUGUCGGGGCAUGGCGCGGUGACACUCCCUCCCGCGUCACUCAUGUAACGUCACAUAGGUAAAAAAACUCUACUAUGAUUCUAUGACAUGACUCCUCUGUAAUGUGACUAGUCUUUGUCCGUUUUAUUUGCAACGUGAAAUUAAUAGUGAAAGUUAAAGUAUAGUGUGAUAGUGCUGUGAAUAU